AUGGCUCCCGAAACAAAGAGCCGUAAACCUGCAAAUACUGCCUUCAAACAACAACGGUUAAAAGCCUGGCAGCCAAUUUUAACUCCAAAAACUGUCCUUCCAACGUUUUUUAUUGUUGGGGUCAUCUUUGCACCACUUGGUGGUCUACUUCUUUGGGCUAGUAAUAGCGUUACAGAACUAGCUAUCGAUUAUACUUAUUGUGAUUCUAGAGCUAGUGAUUAUCCUAAUUUCACGAAUGUGCCUUCAGAUUUCAUAUCAGCAACAUUCCCUCAAGUAUCAUCCCCUCAGCAAUAUAUUUCAAAGGUUCAAUGGGCGCGUGAGGUGGUGGUUCCAGACGAAGCAAAAUAUACUAAUUCAAACAUUUGGCGCUGUCAUCUUCAAUUCGUUAUGCCCUCAGAAUUAAAACCUCCAUUGUUCAUCUACUAUCGUUUAACAAAUUUUUAUCAAAACCAUCGAAGUUAUGUCAAAAGUUUUAGCGCACCUCAGCUUAAGGGCGUAGCAGUUUCUGCAGACACUCUUAAGGAUGGACCUUGCAAACCAAUGGCAGUCUCUGACGAUAAUAAGGCCAUUUAUCCUUGCGGUCUAAUUGCCAAUUCUAUAUUUAAUGAUACGAUUUCCAAUCUUACACAUAUAUCAAACCUCGAUCAAAGUAGUGCGAACAACGAAACCUAUGAAUUUGUCAGCAAGGGAAUUGCGUGGCCAUCAGACAAACAAAAGUACGGUGCUACUACUUACCCCAACGAUCAGAUUCGCCCACCACCAGAUUGGGCUAGCGCUUAUCCCAACGGUACUUACACCGACUCUACACCUCCACCAGAUCUAUCUACAAAUGAACUCUUUCAAGUUUGGAUGCGUACAGCGGGUCUUCCUGAUUUUAGGAAAUUAUAUUCAAGAAAUGACACCACUAUAUUACAAGCUGGAACGUAUGAACUUUGGAUUGAUUAUCGAUAUCCUGUAACUCGAUACGGUGGUACUAAGUCAGUUGUCUUAUCCACCGUUUCGUUCCUUGGAGGCAAAAACUCUUUCUUGGGAUUAGCUUAUAUCGCUGUUGGAAUUGCAUGUGUCGUGUUAGGAGCUAUUUUCACUGCUAGACAUUUGUAUAAGCCAAGAAAACUCGGUGAUCACACUUAUCUCUCGUGGAAUAAUACUCAAGCUCCAGGGACGCAUCGUGAAUAA